AUGCCCAGGCAUAUUUUCGACGACAGCCUGCUCAAACAUCAAGCCACAUACAGACGCGACGGCGCACUACACCCGCCGGAAGGGUCACGAAUGCGCAGAUACCUGGCUUCCGGCCAGACUGACGGCUCGGGGCCCUCGAAUUACGCGGCAGCCGCAAAUCCCGUCCAGCGUGACAGGGUUUCGCGAUGGGGGAAGGGGAAAUCCCCAGAGAAGGCUCGCAAGCCGUCCCUCCUGGACCGUAUCGAACGCGAUUCACCGGAUAGGCGGAGGACGUCGCUUGACCAAAACGACGAUGCUGCAGCUACUCGCAACAAGCCAGGAAAUCUACUGAGUCGGAUAACUUUCGACGAUCCUGCUGAGGUCAAGGUGGAGCGCAGGGACUCGUUGCUGAAUCGCAUUGACUUCGACGCGUCGGCAAGUGACAUGGAGAUCGACUCUGAGGACGCCGAAAACGGACUCGAUGAAGGGGAUGAACAGCCUCUGCUUCCUGUGACCCUCCCACCAAUUUCAAGCGAUCCCAGUGAACCGCCGGAGACACCUACUGCAGCGCAAUCCAGUGAACCUACAUUUUCAAACGACCCCGAUGUUCUCAAGUAUCGCGACGUCUUGCUUCCAAUGGUCCUCGCCAACCUGUCACGACGCAACCCAUCCAACCCGAGUAUCGACAAGGGCAAGCUAGCGGAAGAUGUCAAGGGCGGCUUGAACGACGAUAUCUGCCGGACGUUUGGUAAAGCGAUGAUGGCCGCGCGGGAGGAGCUGCAGAAGCGGAAGGAGAAGGAUUCGGAAGCGCGUGUACCACACGACGCACCCAGGAAUGUCGAGACUCCAUGUCGGAAGAAGGCGAGGUCUCCUCCAGCAGCCCAGCGCACCGAAACCCGUACAUGCCGCGGCCUCCUCGACCGCGAUACCAUGCAGGACGGUCAGCCCCAGGACGUGAUACACCAUUCAAGGACCGCCAACCGCCGUUUAAGGACCGAGCAUGGGACCGGGAGGACUAUCGCGCGCCCCCGCCGCCAGCGUAUCGGGAUGAGAGGCCCAGAUACUCGCCACCCCCGCGUGGCUAUCGCCGACCGUCGCCCCCUUCGUCAGAAUUAA